AUGGUGGGGGCGGGGGAGGCAAGGACUAGGAUGCUAGCAUGGACUUUGAAAUGUGUAGCAGGUACUCGGGAUACUGAAGGAGCCUGGAGGCCAGCACGAGCUUUGAUGUGCUAAUAGGCACCAUAUGUAGCUAUAGGUCCUUCUGCCAGAGAUAAGGAACAUGACUCCUUUAGGUAGAUGGAAUCCGUUUUACAAGUUCCUGAGGAAGGCUGACUUUUAUCUAACUGCCAGAAAUCCUCCCACAGUCCAGCUUAAGCUCAUAGGGCUGCCUUGUGGGGUUUGGGGAAUUAGAGUUUCCUUUGGACCUAACACCCAGGUCCUCUGCAGUGUGGACUCUUCACCACUGAACCAUUUCUCUAGACACCAGAGUAGCGGUUCUGGAAAUUUCCUGAUAGCACUUGCUAAGCCUCCACCUCGUUCUGUGUGAUUCUCACUGUCUUCUCCCCAACGCUCCCUCUCUUCUUCUCUUCCCCUCUCUUCUCCACAGUUUUGCUACAUAAUCCUGGGCUGGCCUGGACUCACAUAUCACCCACUCUGGUCUUGAACUCAUAACCCUCCUGUUUCACCUCAGCCUUGUGAGAGCGAGGAUUAAAGGUAGAUGCCCAAAUGCCUGAUCGACCCUUAGUUUUAUAUAGGGCAGCUUACUGAGCUAGGAACAUACCAUCAAUAGAUAUAUUUAAAGUGGAACCCAGUUUUCAGUGUAUCCACAGCACUGUGUAAUCUCAUGUCAAAUGAUUUUAGAAUAUUUUUGUAAAUUCCCCAAAGAAAUUCUCACCCCUGCCAACUUCCUCAGCCUCUAGUAAUCUCUUCCCUGCUUUUAGUCUCUAGAGCCUUCCUGGACAUUGCAUGGAAGCGGGAUUGUGUAACGCAUGACCUUUGGUUCUGGCUUCUGUUACUUAGUAUUAUGUCUCCCGGGUCCACCCAUGUUGUAGCACACAUCAGAAUCCAUGUGUGCAAUUAGUUUCCUCCUCAGCUGUGCGUCUCCCACAUUAGAAUUACUGAUUUAUAGGCUGUUGGGUACUUAAAUUGUCUUGGAUCAUUUAAGCACAUACAUAUACAAAUUUUUGUGUGGAUAGAUGUUUUGUUUGUCUUAAGUGGUAGUUUGAAUGCAAUUGGUCUCCAUAAGCCCAUAGGGAGUGGCACUAUUAGGACACGUGGCUUUGUUGGAGAGGGUAUGGCCUUGUUGGAGGAAGUGUGUCACUGUGGAGGUGGGCUUUGAGGUCUCAGAUAUGCUCAAGCCAUGCCCAGUGUCUCAACAGUUGACGUCCUAUUGCCUGCAAGGUGUAGGACUUUCAGCUCCUCCUCCAGCACCAUAUCUACCUGUACACCACCAUGUUCCACCAUGAUGACAAUGGACUGAACCUUUGAGGCUGUAAGCCACCCUUUAAAUGUCUUCCCUUAUAAGAGCUGCCAUGGUCUCCGUGUCUCUUCGCAGCAAUCGAAACCCUAACUAAGUCAUCCACGAGUGGAAUUCAGGGCCUUGCAGAAACUUCAUGUUUAACUUUUGGAGAAACUUUUAGACUAUUCUCCAAAGCAGUUGGACUGUUUUAAAUUCUCACUGGCAGUGUAGGCAGGCAUGUUCCUUGCCAACACUUAUUACCUGUCUUUUUCAUGCUAGCCCUCCCAGUACAUGUGAAGUAUAACCUUGUGGUUUGGCAUAUUUCUCUGAUGGCUGGUGAGACUCUCUGUCUCUCUACCCAUAACCAAGCCUCUCAGAUGAAAAGUUAUAGCAAAUUGAAAGGACACUGGCAACUAAUAGAAGGUGCCAAAUGCUCAAACUAGAUGGCCACAGACAACUUCGCUCACCUUAAAUCUUUCUGCCUAGACACAAAUUUAAGUUUUCUUCAAACCAUUGACGCUUCCUUAUGACCUGAACUUGUCCUGACUUAAGCUCUUCCUUCUUGGUGGAUGUUGGGUACCAUCUACUGUCUCCAUCAAAUGGCCAUCUCAUCUCCUAGGGUCUGUAUCAGACAACUGUGUUCCCUGAGUUUACAGCUGUGCAGUGCCCAGGUGCUUUGUCAACCAGUUUUGUCAAAGGGGUCUGCACCAGUAAGUAGUCAGGGCUCCGAUUGGAGCUCAGGGCCCUGGGUACUCCAUUCCCUUUCUCUUUGGCUUUCUGCUAUUUUUUUUCCCUUGUCUGGUUCCCCUCUCCAGUUCAUCUGGUGGGCUCCACACAUUUGUUUAUUACUCUGUUCCUUCUUUUCUCCACUCGCAGACGCGAAAUGGACCCCACAUGUCAGUCAGCUUUCCAUUUGGGUAGCUAAUAACUGAGACAGUAGCUCUGCAAAGAGGAAGACUCCCUUCAGCCCAUAGUUCCAGGCUGCUUAUAAGGCUAUGGCGGAGGAUCAGGGUAGGAACAUGUGAUGGAGAAAAGGCGCUCACCAGCAGAGAGAAGAUGCCAGAACCCUACAAUCCCCGUUGGGGCAUGUCCACAGCAAUGGUCCACUGGGCCCCACCUUCUAAUGGACUCCACCACCUCGCAGUAGAACCCAACCAGUGACAAGCCUUUCACACAACAGCCUUUGAGGGACAUUCCAGAUAUAAACUACAGAACCAUCCAUGACCUCAUUUUCUGUUCCUGCUUUCUCAUCUCUAUCGAUUAAUUGAAAUUCCAUUGAUUUGUCCAAAAGAGGCAGUUGUCUUGAUGGGGUUACCAAGAAAAUAAGGUUAGGAAAGUCGCAGUCAGGAGAAAGGGACUGACCUGAGACCCUGGCCACAGUGGUAAGCUAACCAACAAGGGGUUCUCUUGGUGUCGUUUGAUGUGGGAGUGUCAUAUAUCAUCUGUUGAUUUCAUUGGUUAAGCAAUAAAGGAACUCUUUGGCCCUGAUAGGUUAAAACAUAGGUGGGAGGAGUAAACAGAAUAGGAUGCUGGGAGGAAGAGGAAGUGAGGUCAGACUCUGCUCUGCUCCUGGAGAGACUCAACAGCUCUGCUCUCUGGAGCAGAGACGCCAGGCUCCGCUCUCCCAGGCAGCUUCGACCCAGGAUGGACGGAGGCUAGAAUCUUUCCGAACCAAGGGACCUGAGAAGGAGGAGAAGUUGAGGCGGGCAAUCAAGCAGGUUCUGAAGUGCGAUGUGACUCAGAGCCAGCCUCUGGGGGAAGUCUCUCUGCCUCCUGCUGACUGCCUUCUCAGCACACUCUGCUUGGACGCUGCCUGCCCUGACCUCCCCACCUACCGCACUGCCCUCAGGAACCUGGGCAGCCUGCUCAAGCCAGGGGGCUGCCUGGUGUUGGUGGACGCCCUUAAGAGUAGCUACUACAUGAUUGGAGAGCAGAGGUUUUCCAGCCUUCCCCUGGGAUGGGAGGCCGUUCGAGAUGCCGUGGAAGAGGCUGGCUAUACCAUUGAGCAGUUUGAGGUGAUUUCUCAGAAUUACUCUUCUGCCACAGCCAACAAUGAAGGACUGUUCUCCCUCGUGGGGCGCAAGCCAGGCAGAGCUGAAUGACAUCCUGUGAUCUCAAUUAAAGGUUUGCUGGUUCGUUUUGGA